GUCAACAUAAGCCGUGGAGAAUUAGUCGAUGGUUAUGCAAUUGCUAGCCUUAUCUACGGGAGACUCUACAAUAAAAGAUGAGAGUUAGAUUCCCUCACCAUAGGAAAAUGAGACCUUGGGCGUUCUUCUUGUUUCGGCUGCAGCUGAUCAUUGUUGCGGUUGCAGCAUCAGCAGCAACUAACUGCCAAACUCAAUGCGGCAAUAUCACCAUUCCCUAUCCUUUCGGCAUCGGUCAUCCUGCCUGCUACCGUCCCGGAUUCAACCUCACCUGCAACCACUCCUCCACCUCCGGCCCCAAACUCUACCUAGGCGACGGCACAUUUGAAGCGACCGAAAUAUUGAUAUCGCAUGGGCAGGUCCUAAUCAAGAGCCCCAUACUACGAUUGUUCUGUGAUCCUGGAGAAACUGUCCAGGACUCGUAUAAUAUGACAUGGAGCGGUAUCGGGGAUAAUGGGCCCUUCACCUUCUCUGCUGACCGCAACGCCUUUGUCACCAUCGGCUGCAGUGUCAUAUCGUACGUCACGUCCCUCAGUCGUCCUCCUUCCGUCACCAACCUGUGUGCCGCUGUUUGUUUUGAUUACACCAGCGUCGAGAGAAUAAAUGGUUCUUGCUCAGGGAUGGGAUGCUGCCAGACAAUGAUUGGGGAUAGUCAGGUAGCGCCUAGUGAUAUUGGAUCAUGCACCAAGUCAUUCUUGGUCGAUCGCCAAUGGUUCAGGUUCAAUCCGAUACAACUGGCUGAUGACAAAUUUUUCAGCAAGGACUACAAGGUACCGGUGGUCGUUGAUUGGGCGAUCCCCUGGGAGUCUGCGGACAACAGAUCAUGGUCUUGUGCGUAUGCAGCAAGGAAUCAGACAAGUUAUGCAUGUCGAAGCAAGCAAAGCCUAUGUGUUGAUGGUGAUACUGGAUAUACCUGUGAAUGUUUAUCUGGAUUUGAGGGAAACCCAUAUAUUGCUAAUGGGUGUCGAGAUAUCGAUGAGUGUGCACAAGAUAAAAAUCCUUGUGCAGUGGCAUUGUGCACAAACACUCUUGGGAGCUACUCAUGCCACUGCCCAAAAGGCACAUUUAGCAGGGUUGAUGGGGAUCCGAGUUCUGGAUGUUUACCUGAUAAAUCCGGAAUCAAUAUAGGUAUCAUCAUUGGAAUUGGUGCUGCAUCAGGAUUUAGCAUUCUUAGUCUAGCCAUUGCUAGUUUUCUCCUCUACAAAAGGUUUCAGCAAAUAAACAGCAAGAAACACAGAGAAAUGUGCUUUCGUAGAAAUCACGGCUUGUUGCUUCAGCAACUUCUUAUUAGUACGGAAAACGAUGUGGAGAGGACAAAGAUCUUUACUUUAGAGGAGCUAAACAAGGCAACUAACAGUUUCGAACCUACCAGAGUUCUCGGUCGCGGAGGCCACGGUACAGUCUACAAAGGAAUCUUAUCUGACCAAAGAGUUGUUGCGGUUAAAAAGUCUGAAAUAAACAACCAGACUGAGAUCAAGCAGUUUAUAAAUGAGGUCGCUAUUUUGUCACAACUUAACCACAGGAACAUAGUCAAGCUUUUUGGGUGUUGCCUUGAAUCUGAAGUUCCUUUACUAGUCUAUGAGUUCAUUUCUGGAGGAACACUUUCUGACCAUUUGCAUGUCAUUGGAAAUCACGUUUCAUCAUUAUCUUUCGAGGAUCGUCUAAGGAUAGCAACAGAGAUCGCUGGAGCUCUUUAUUAUUUGCAUUCUGCGGCCUCUAUAUCCAUUUUUCAUCGAGAUAUUAAGUCAUCUAAUAUACUUCUUGAUCAUAAUCUUACGGUGAAAAUAUCUGAUUUUGGCACAUCUAGGUCCAUUCCAUCUGAUAGGACACGGGUAACCACCGCAGUUCAAGGAACCUUUGGAUAUUUGGAUCCUGAAUACUACUAUACAGGACAACUAACCGAGAAAAGUGAUGUUUACAGUUUUGGUGUAAUUCUCGUAGAGCUUCUAACGGGGGAGAGAAUAAUUUCUAAAACUAUGCUAAAACAGGAGAAAAAUCUCGCCAUGCAUUUCAUUGAGUCAUUGGAGGAGAAGCAACUGUUUCAAAUUCUGGAUGUUAGAAUCGCAGAAGAGGGAAGAAAGGAGGAGUUAGAAGCAAUUGCCAUACUUGCAGGGGCAUGCUUAAGGAUCAGAGGAGAAGAAAGGCCAACGAUGAAGACAGUUGAGCUAAAGCUUAACAGAAUGAUUCAGAAAAAGAAACAGAAAUAUUCCUCAUCUGCAUCACAACAGCAGAAAUCUGAAGAAUGUGAUAGGUUUAUUUCCAACAUAUCUGGUGGAAGUAGGAUCAAUGGUACAACUAGGUCCUACAGUUUAGAAGAAGAACUCAGGAUGUCCUUAAAUUACCCAAGAUGAUGCUCAAUUGUCAAUAUUUUCAGACUACAUAUUAGCCAUUUGUAUAUAGUAAUUCGAAUCUCCCUUUUCCAAAAUAUCGAGGGGACAUGAAGCAUAUGUCGAGGACUGUCUAGAAUCAAAUACUCUGAUUUUCUCUGUUUUUCUUUUCAGUUAGAAGAUCAAGAAGCAAUAUAUUUUUAUUAAAUGAAGCAAUCACCUCUUAACUUCAAGGAUCAAGUUCAUUAUCGUAUAUGGACAAUGAGAAGCAAAGACUUGUGCAAUGCACGGAUAAAAACAACAGAAAAAUCUCUGGAAACGACCGUUACAAAGAAAGAGAUUGCUAUUUCCAAAUGAACUAAAUUCGAACAAACAUACCUCAGUGCUUUUUUCAGAUUUUCUGUGACUAUGAUGGCAGGAAAGUUUCACUUCCAGUCCCCAGCAUAAUCUUUCACUAAGCAUUAUCUCCAAUUUCUUGAGAAUUCAGAAGUCAAAAUGCAACUUUAUUUAGUAUGUGACUGCAAAUAUAAAUGAAAAGCAUGGUACACAGUUCUCAAACAAUUUGAAGAUUCCAGUUUCAAUAACAAUUUUAGGGA